GGCUGCAGAUCAAGAACAUGGUGGCGCCCGCCCGUAAAUUUCGGAAACCUUUCACAGGUGAAAUUGUAUCUCAUGGUUAAGCUAUCUGCACUCAAAAAUUUCUUACGGUAGACCAAAGAUGGAUUCACCGUCACUGCACGUUGACCACUUUUUCCCAAUUCCUUUACGAGACUCCAUAUCCCUACGCCCGCUGCGAGAGAAAGAUGCGGAGUCUGUUUUCCGCGUCGUGGACAAAAACCGAGACUUUUUGAGCAAGUUUUUGCCUUGGGUUCCCAAUGUGAUCACUGUUCAACAGGAAGUGGAGUGGCUUAGCUUUUUCCAAGAGCAGGAGAUGAGCGGUGCCGGCCUACAUUGCGGCAUUUUCAAGGAGCAGAUCUCGCGAGAUGAGCGUGUCGAAGAGAUAAUUGGGGCUGCCGGACUGAGGGUUAUAAACUUUGCCAAGAAGACGGCACAAUUUGGUUACUGGCUUGCUGAAGAGUUUACAGGCUCUGGCCUGUGCACUCUCGCCUGCCGAAAGUUGAUUGAGUACGGCAAGGCCAUCGGGAUGGAGCGGUUUGAGAUUCACGUUGCAGAGGACAACCUGAAGAGUCAGGCAGUAGCCCUCAGACUCGGAUUUCACCAAUGCCCCAAAAUUAUCAAGAGUGCAGAGGUUGUCAACAAUGUGCCCCUCUCGCACAUUGUUUUUGUACUACAACUUCAAGAGCCAACAUCGACCUCAGAGUGAAAGUUCCAGCUAUGGUCACCAUGGUUACACUUUUUACUGGCCUGCAGGCCCUGCAGUACGUAAAAAUGGACUAUUUAUUUCCAUUUUAUCUCCAGAAACCGACCGUUUUUAUGUAUGUUGAAAUUUCUACUUUAUUUCUGUUACCAGGCUCCUCCCAAAGUUAUUUCUAAUUUUUCUCUCAACAUGGUUUUCCACUAUGACUUCAUCUGACAGCAGCCGAGAAUGGCACCUUCUCAGAGGAUUUCCUGCCAUGAUUCCCUCCAGUACCAUUUUGCCUGCAUGUUUUCUGAAGUUCUUUGUGUUAGGAGCUAUAUGUAUUUGGACCCUCGUUAAUGUAAUUGGAGCUUCUUAAGGUGUGGUUUGGGCAGAAACUGUAGGUGUGGAUGGCCAAGUUCAAAAGAACUCAAAAGAGCCAGUCAACAGAAUCCAGUUCAUUUUCAGCAGUUUAUUCUACUGGUUCAACUGUCUAUUAGUAUAGUUUCUAAUACAUUUAUGUAAAUAAAAAUCACACACAACUGCAUUUAAAUAACACCUUGACAAGAAGAUGCAAAGAUAUUUUUGUACUAUGAACUCACGCAGAACAAAUCAAACUUUCUGAAUAGCAUACUUCCUUAUUGAACAAGUCACCAGUAUGUUUAUAUGACAUUAUCUUUCUUGAAGUAAACAGAGUCGAAAUUCCAGCAAAUACAAGUAGAGAUCUCUUGCUAUAUAUACAAAUAAAAUCAUAUAAAUUUAUACAGCUGUUGCGUCAUCGAGUAAAUUCCCCAACUUAGUUGGAAAGGCAAUGAGAUACAGAGCUACAUGUACAACUAAUAUAGGUAAAUAGGCAAAGUAAAAUACAGCCGAUAAAAUGUGCAAAAGUUAAAUUGGAUAAAAUUUUGAGGUUCCAAUGGCAGUCUGAGUAUGAAAUAAAAUGAGUAAUAUUUGA